GGAUUUCACCGCCAUCUUUUAAAGGAGGGCACUCAAAGUAGUAUACGGGGCAGGAUUUUGCAUAAACGAAGAUCGUGUUCCAGGGGAGAAGGGAAUUACAUACGUUCAUAAAUGUUUCAUAAAAGAAUGAGAGAAAGAUGAAGGCAAACAAGGAAAUUACGAGCUUUAAGUUGCUCGAGGAGGAUGUGUGUGAGGAGCAACCGACCGCCCACAUGAAGAAGGUUGUCGGGCUGGUGCUCGACAAGCCGGACCUCAAGGACCAGGAUGUUACCAACAGUUUUCGAAAUCUUAUGGAAUAUCGUGAAGCUCCUCCAAGUCCAUCAGCAUCAAGUGCAACCACACUGGAACCGGACGGUCUCGGUUCGCCAACCACGCCAUCGUCUCCGAUCCCACAGGCUGUUGAUGACGAGAGACUUCCGAACGAACUCCUGGAUGAGAUCUGCGAGGACAUUGGCAUGAAAGAGGGCAUGGAGCUGGACUUCGUCGAGUUUCUCAUGGAGCAAGACAAUUUGACCGACGCCUAUAUGACAGCACCACCUCCUCCUCCUCCCGCCCUCAACAGCAGUCUGUCGUCGCAGUCAUCAACGAUUGCCGUAAAAUCAACAUCAUUGGCCAAGUGCAACAACAACAACAACAAAAACGACGCCACCGAUUCGUUGCCAAGCUGGGCGAGGCCCGUUUCCAUGGCAUCGGGGGGGAUGAUGGCACAGGGAGGUUCGAGCACGGUCGUAUCCAGCAGAUCAACAAGUCCUGUUGCCAAGCGAUUUCAUCUCUCUACCUCAGGAGAAACGAGUCCGACAAUGACGACGACCUCGAAGUCAUCGCUACUGCUGCUGCCACCAUCACCACAGAUCGCCUCCAUGCAGGUCUUCAAGAUGCCACAGACUCCUCCCACCCCGAAACGGCCAGCGUCCGCGACGAUACAGAGUCAGGUCCUGCCCACAGGUCCGGGGGAGGUGCAGAUUCAGUCGUCGUCAACCCUGUCCAUCAAUCCACAGUGUAAAUCUGAGCCUCAGGGUAAAGUUGGCAUUCCAUCGAUUGCCGGUAAACAGCAGUGCCACUCUCCGAAACUGAACUCACUGUCCUACGCUCUCCAGGGGGCAUCAUCCAAAGCACAAGGCGGUAUGAACAACAUGCCACAUUUCGUCCCAUACACUGGUACGGCAGCCCACAAUCAGCAGCAGGGAACACUACACUAUGGACAGAAUCAGCAAAUUCCCAUGGCUUCGGCGGAGCAUAUGAACAGCAGAAAUAUGCAGAGAAUGUCCAACCUGGCAAACUGUCAGAGAAUGGGCAAGAUGGUGCCUCCUGUUGUGAAUGUUCAGAAUAUGCCUCAUCAGAGGAUGAUGAAUGCGAAACUUGCCCAGCAUUGCGUCACUGAUCGCAUGGGCAUGCCGAUGAACUCCCCCUAUGCUCAGCCACUCGAUUCACCCUUGGAUCAGGGCUACUAUUCCAAACGAACUUACAGUGACUAUGAAAAAUCGGGGAUCAAAGCGGAGGAUGUGGCAUCGAUGAUUCCGUCCAUUCACGAUUCGAACUCGGUCGGCAUCGCCCGGGGUCCAGUAACCGUUGGCAAUGUCGAGCUGGCGCCCAUGUCGAACAUUCAGAAAUCGGUCCACUUUGCUGACAUGCCCAACUCCGAGCCGGAAUGCCUCAGUGAAGUUUCGACCGACUUCAACUCGGGCUUCAACAGCUCCAGUUCCGAGUGUAGCUUCGACAUUGACCAGGAGUUCCGCGAACACUCGCAGAAGUCAAAGAUGAUGCCCCGUCUGACGCCGAGCAUGAAGUCCGAGGUGGCUCCAUACACUGUCCCCGGAAACAGUCCGUAUGACUAUCUCGGCCGCAGCAGCUGCAGCAUCAAUCCGAAUCGCACCGGCGGUGGCACCAUUGGUGGCACCGUCAGUGGCAGUGGCAGCAUUAAUCAGAACCGCGCCAUCGGUGGAACUGUCGGUGGCAGUGGCAGCAGUCCCUCGGUGAAUGUACAGCCGUUCGAUUUCACUGGGAAAAAGGAGUCAUAUGUUGCGAAGGGACAAGCUUAUUACAUGGACUCAAAUCAAAAUAUGCUGAGCAUGGAUUCGGGAGAGUAUUCGCAGAUGAAUUUCGGUCAUCCAUCGGUUUACAAUACAUCAAUGCAGCAACAGCAGCACAUGAAUGUUUACAGGGAGAUGAAUGUCACUGACUCAAUGAAAGCAUCAACAAUGACGCAAAUGCAACAACAAAACAUGCAGGCCAUGCAGCAACAGCAACAGCAACAGCAACAGCAACAGCAACAGCAACAACAACAACAACAACAACAGCCACAGCAAAGCUUGUACCGAUCUUCCCCAGUCCUACAGUCGUCCAGUUCUUUCAACAGUUAUUCUAUCGCGGCCAUGAAUCAAAAUGGAAGCAGCCUGUUGAAAGCCAAACAGAUAGCCCAGGCAUACGGUCCUCAGCAGGGUCAAGUGCAAUCAGGUCAAGGUUACUGUGCUCCACCAAAUGAAUGUCAAGGACAGUCGGCAGUUCCUCCGGAGUAUUCAGGGCAGUCGUUGAGUUCGCGUAGCACGCCUUCGCGCUUGAGUGGACAGUCGUCCAAUGUGCAGACGGGUUACACGAACCUCGGUGUCCACGGAUAUGAACAUGGAAACUUUAGUGCUGGGAACAAAACUCCUGUUGGUAACAUGUACCAAAUGCAGCAGCAGCAGCAUCAACAGCCGCAGCCACAGACACCAGGAAUGAUGUCACCUGCUGCUACUGCGGCUACUGCUGGACCCUCAUGGACCGCCAGCAACCAACAGACACCACACAAUGUUCAGGACAUGUCCCACUUAAAACAGCCACCAGUCAACUCUUUGCAUCAGCAACAGCAGCAGCCGCCAAUGAUGGCGGCAGUGUCCCAUGGUCCUGCGCUAGGGGCCACUCCACAACAGGGCACGUCAUUAUGUGGUCAGAGCGGGGGCAACCCAAUGGUCCCCUGCUCGCAACCGAACUGUCAGAACUGUAAAAACAGCUCGCCCAACAGGCCCCCUAUUCUGGCAUCUCAGCAGACAUUUAUUCAGCAUCUGAUCACCGAUAGAUCGAACGCCUUUCGGUCCCACCCAUUGUUCCCUCUCCUGCGGGAUCUCAUCAUAGCUGACAUGAACUUCAGUUCUCCCUCUUUCCCGUACCAGCUGAUCAGUAACUUGCCGGCCGAGUUUGACAAGCUGCUACAGAACUUCCUGCAACGAAAUCCGCCGUCGGGGACCUACCAGGGUAACUACGCUGUCGAGAGUGUCAUCAUGGAUGCACUUCGAUACGCCCACAGCUGUUUGAUUGAGAAAAUUAGAGUACGCCAGGAACAGGACAAACACACAAAGACAUCAUCAAAGUCCCUAAGUGCCAUAGAAGAAUUUUGUCAAAACUUUGACAGAGCCGUCCGAAACAGCAUGCCCGAACAAUCGGUAAGCCAGGGUAACCCAAUGAUGAUGGGAUCUGGCCAGAUGGCAGGAGAUGCUAUGACAGCUGCCAUUGGAUCCAUGGCAAUGGCAACACCAUCUAUGAGUCAAGGCAGCUUCAUGCCGUCGAUGGGGAAAGGAAUAGGAUUGCCGUCGUUGGCUGGGCCUCCCUUUCAGAGCAUCAAGGACGCGCACGACGCAAUGAGUGACGCAGGGAGCAUGAUGAGCGGUGCUAAUGGACAGGGGGGUAGCAAGUCGGAGUCCAAGAAACACCCGAGUCUUCCAAAAGAGGCUGUUGCAAUUAUGCUGGACUGGUUGCGGAAUCACAAGGAUAAUCCCUACCCUAACGACGACGAGAAGGCAAUGCUCAUUAAACAGACUGGACUGACGAUAAACCAGAUAAACUAUUGGUUUACAAACGCUCGCAGACGCAUCCUGCCAAAGUGGGCGCAGUGCAAGUCCUAGACUUGCUGUUACGGUCAUGUUGGUUGGCUGAAAAAUGGGCAGAGGAGAAGAGAGCACCAAUCAACAAUCUUGUACCACAGAAAUGAAUAAUUGAUUUAGCCCAUUUAGGUUACAAGAGGUUUCAUUGGCUGUUUGACAUAAUGCAGAGGGAAGCAGCCAAUGAUUUCAUGGCAAGUUAAAUUGGAAAGGGAGAUAAUAUAUUUUUAGGAACUCCUGUUCAGAACAGAAAUUGAAAUACUUCUGAAUCUUUGUGAAGUGUUAAGUUUGUGUAUGAAAUUAUUCUGACAGUUGAGAAAUGAAGAGUUAGGGUCAUUAUUUGUUUUUGACAAGAUUAGUGUUAUAAAGCUAAACGUGUAUUAAUUAUUGUCCAAUAAUUGGUUAUUUUGUCCACUCAAUUUGUUAAACAAUUAAACAGUAUUUAAUGAUAGUUACAUAAUUUUUCACCCUACAUUUCGCCAUGGAUUUUCUUCUCUCUUUUUUUUUUAAGUGUGUUUUAUAUGGAAAUCAACCAGCCCUUACACAUUGAUUCUGACUGGAUAAAAUAUAAAACACUAGGAAGAGAGAGAAAAAAAAGACUGCUAAUUGUUUUUCAUGUGUUGAUCCUUGUGUUUAACAAGCGCUGGUAGCCAAAAUUGUGCCAAGUAUAUAUAUUUUUUUUUCUUUCUGCAGUUUAGAAGAAAAGUCAGUUUUAAAAAAUAACAGAAAUAACCAAUUAUUUUAUGAUCAGUAUCUUUUUUUUUUAAAUGUACUUAACAAAAGAAUUUAUUAUUAUUAUUAUUAUUAUUAUUAUUAUUUAAUAUUCUUUCCAGAUUUGUUUUAUGUUACUGCUGAAUGCAAAUACGACUAUUACUAUUACGUGCACUGCUGUGAGGAACAAAACUAUUUUUUAAAAUAACAGACAAAAGAAAAGAAAAAUAUUUUUUUAAUAGCCCUUCCAGAUCUACCUUAUUCUGCUGCUGUUUAUGAAACUGGCUGUUUUGUUGUUGUUAUGUCAACAGUGUGAUAUGAAAAUGGAUUACACAUGCUUGUAUAUUUUUUGACAUGGCUAUUUUAGCUACGGUGGCAAAAGCUGAUCUUGUAUGAAGAUCAUUAUUGUUUAUUUUCUGUGGUGAUUGUUUAAUUUGUGAUUGGGGUGUUGAAAAACACUGGCGCCCAUUUUGUCAAUGCGAUGCCCACCAUACUUCCUUAUAAAGUGCUUUUUUAAAAAAUGUUUUUUUAAAAUGUAAUGUUUUAUAUGUCUAUUUGUUAAUUUUGCGUAUGUAAAAAUUAGCAGAUCUGUUUUAUAACACUAGAUAAAUGAGCAGUAGGUACUUAUGCAAGAGAGACAACUCCCCUUUUCAAGGGAGACAAGUUGCUGUGUAUCUGUUUUGUUUUAAUACACAAACGUAUGCAAGAGAGACAACUCCCCUUUUCAAGGGAGACAAGUUGCUGUGUAUCUGUUUUGUUUUAAUACACAAACAUAUGCAAGAGAGACAACUCCCCUUUUCAAGGGAGACAAGUUGCUGUGUAUCUGUUUUAUUUUAAUACACAAAAUGCCUGUUUUUUAUCAAAAUAUUUAUUUUCAAUAGACACCUGCAAAUAUAGAAAUGUGUCUUUUUAAAAACACAAACAUUUUGUUCUGACUUUUAAAAGAUGUUUGUAAGGAUAUGUUUUAUUAUAUUUGAAAAAACAACAAAAACUGAUCUUUUACAAAGUUGUCAGUUUGGUAUUGUGAGUGUGUGUAUUGUGAGUGUGUGUAUUGGGAGUGUGUGUGUUGUAAGAUUGUGUGUUGUGAGUUUGUGCAUUGUGAGUGUAUUGUAAGUGUGUGUAUUGUGAGUGUGCAGUGUGAGUUUGUGUAUUGUGUCUGUGAAGCCCCGUUCGUUAAAGGUAUAGUUACAUGUGUGUGUGUACAGAAAUGGCAUUUAAAAAAACAAAACUUGACAAUAUAUCCAUUGAUCUUGGUAACAUAGGAGUAUUAACAACAAUACAUACAGAGAUGUACACAAAAAUUCAAAAUUAUCUACAAAUCAUGAGUGGGAAUUCUCAGAUCAGCUGUUUUCCUCUCAUGGAACAUUGCGUUUCCUCACAUUUUAAUCUUCCUUUCCUCCAAAAUGUGUCGGAUGGCACAGAUUUUAACCUAGGAUUUCAAGAAUUUCCGGGACCCCUCUAAAUUUCCUCUUUUUUUACAGUUCACCAAUUCCCACCCCUGACAAAUAUAGCAAACAGUAUUAUAUUCCUGUCAAAAAUGUUUUGUUUUUCUCAACAGAGACGAUGGUUCUCUACAUUUUUUCUCUCUUUUUUUUUACAAAUUUUUAGUGCCACCCAAAACCUGUCAUCUUCCCUUUUUUUUUCUUUUUUCUUUUUUUUCAAUUCUAUUAACAUUUUUACUACCGGGUAAUUGAUAUUUUCAAAAUUCUGCUCAUUUUCAACUCUACCUCCACCCCCUUCUGUCCCGGAACCCAGUCACUGGCAAAGUCGGAGAUUGUGCCCGGGAGAGACGUGCCUGAACCUCGAUUGGAUAUAGGCACGUUAAUAUGUUAUCCGAUCCAAUCCCAAGACUUUUAAUGUACUUAAUCAUGAUUCAUAUAAAAAAAAAAAAAAUGCUACAUUAAAAUUGUGUGGCUAAUUACAUGUACAUUUAGCAAAACACGUCGCCAUAAAAUCAGAUUUCGUUCUUAUAUAUUAAGGCAACAACAAAUUAGGAAUUAACUAAACAAACGGACUAUAUUUCUAACUUUAGAAGUGUUUUGAUGCUUAAUGUUUCUUCGUCUUUUUUCUUAAUUUUUCUCUCACAAAUCAUCAAAAUACUUUUAAAAACCCCAUUUAACAUAAAAAAUGUAAUUGCAUUUACUAGUAAAUGGAUUAAAGUUCACCCCAAAGCACAUUGUGCCUUUUUAAAAAAUUUAUUAUAUAUAUAUAUUUUUUAAUUUGGAAAGAGUAGUCGAGACACAUGUGAAGGAAUUUUUAGGAAGGGUGGGUUGUAAGUCUAGAGUGUUGCAAGCAAAGUUUACAAGUGGUCGAAUAUUACUCUCCCAGAAAAUAUAUUGAAUAAAAAAGAAAUUUGCUUUGGCAAAACCCUCCCCCAGCACACACACAUGGUAGUCCUUUAUUAUUUUGUAUUACUUCAUUUAGUCACAAAUUGUAUCCCGAGUUGAAACACACGUGUCAACACCCAUAAAUGUAGUGCCAAAUAAAUAACUAUUUACCACAAAAAAUAUUUGAAGUCAUUUUAAUUUAUAUAUUUUUUUACUGUCUCUAUAUAUUGUGCAAAACAAACGGACACACACACACAUGCACAAAACACGCACACACAAAACACGCACACACACAUACCUCCUUCCAUAUUUUAAACAAUUUAAUUAUUCGUCUGGGUUUUUUUUAAAUUGAUGUCUGAAGCUUUUGUUUGUUGUGUGGAAUUGUUUUGUGUACAGUGUAAAUAGAUAUAUAAAAUAUAUAAUAAAUAUACACGAAAAUAUGUCACAUGCCUGUCUGUUAGUACUUGUUUCCUAAGUGAGUGAUGUAUUUUACUGUAUGUCCCAGUGUUGCGUGUCUACGUGUGUAUAUUAAAUGUAUUGCAUAUGUACAUAUUGGUGUUUAUAAAGAUUUUUCUCCGAAUAUAGCCACACUAGAACAACUAUAUUAAAUUAUUUAUGUUGAAACAGGUUUUAUACUCGUGACAUUUUUAUAUAUUUUUUCGCCAAAUUUCUCGGUGACAUUAUAAACGAAAUGUUUACUUAAAGGUGCAUCAUCUGUAUUCAGGUAGUUGAGUUUGGAUAAUGUUUACACAGUUUGGAAACAGAAAUAUAUUAUAUUAUAUAUAUAUAUAUAUAAUAUAUAUAUAUAUAUAUUACGUAUGUGUGUAUGUAUGUGUGUGAGUGUUUAUUAUAAGUAUGCAUAGUUCUCAUAAAACAUUAAAUCAUGAUAUAUCAGUCAUUUGGUAUUGUGGAUAUAUUUAAAUAAUGUUUGUAUUGCAUUCUAAUAAGGUUAAAGUGACAGACCCUAGUUUAUAAAUACCAUGGCCUUUUUCACGAUUAGAGCCUUUUUUCACGAUUAGAGCUUUUUUUUGGGGGGAUAAUUGAAAUCAGUCAUUAUUUACAUGUUAUGGUUUCGAAUAUCUAUCUCUGUACAACCAAAGUGUUUACAGUCAUUCUGGGACCUAAUUCACUAAACUCACGCAACUUCGCGAUAUCGCAGUGCAAUGCAGAAAAGACUUGCAAAGAGGAUGCUUUGUUGUCUAGGAGGACACCCAUUAGUCGAUGAAUGUUCCGUGCUGAGGUGUUGUUAAACAGUCAUUCAUUCAUUCAUUCAUUCAUUCAUUCAUUCAUUCAUUGUUGCCUAGCAGAGCCUAAGAGACCUUUGUGAAUUAGGCCCCUGGUGUUUGUAAUGCCACGAAAUGCUCCUUCUGGGUUUUUUUUCAUAAUUCUAAAAACGUCCGUGUGUCUGAGAAGUAAUGGAUGUUGAGACGAGCUCUACUCUGUUUUUAAGAGAGAAUUUUCCUGUUUCAACGUCACAGACUCUUUUGUUUCACUCUUAUUUUCUGUUUCAACGUCACAGACUCUUUGUUUCACUCUAUUUUCCUGUUUCAACGUCACAGACUCUUUGUUUCACUCUAUUUUCCUGUUUCAACAUCACAUACUCUUUUGUUUCACUCUAUUUUCCUGUUUCAACAUCACAGACUCUUGUUUCACUCUAUUUUCCUGUUUCAACGUCAGACUCUUUGUUUCACUCUAUUUUCCUGUUUCAACGUCAGACUCUUUUGUUUCACUCUAUUUUCCUGUUUCAAUGUCAGACUCUUUGUUUCACUCUAUUUUCCUGUUUCAAUGUCACAGACUCUUUGUUUCACUCUAUUUUCCUGUUUCAACGUCACAGACUCUUUGUUUCACUCUAUUUUCCUGUUUCAACGUUACAGACUCUUUUGUUUCACUCUAUUUUCCUGUUUCAACGUCACAGACUCUUUUGUUUCACUCUAUUUUCCUGUUUCAACGUCACAGACUCAUUGUUUCACUCUAUUUUCCUGUUUCAACGUCAGACUCUUUGUUUCACUCUA